AUGGCUUACGUCACAGUCUUUUUAUUACUUGUCUUGGGAGGCUUAGUGGUUGGAUUAAUUGCAGUAGCUUCAAACCCCUCGCCGUAUUUUGCAGCUUUGGGAUUUGUUGUUGUGGCUGGCGUGGGGUGCGGGGUUCUAGCAACUCAUGGUGGUUCUUUUUUAUCUCUAGUCUUGUUUCUGAUUUAUUUGGGGGGAAUGUUGGUGGUUUUUGCGUACUCUGCAGCGUUGGCUGCGGAACCUUAUCCGGAGAGUUGGUUGAGCCGGUCCGUUGCCCUGUACAUGUUGGUUUACACGUUGGGAGUAGUGCUUGGGGCGUGUUUUUUUUGAGAAGGGUGGUAUGAGGGUUCUUGGUUUACUGCUGAGGAGCUUGAGGAGUUUUCUGUUUUCCGGGCUGAUACGGAAGGAGCGGCUUUGAUGUAUGCUGAGGGGGGUGGAAUGCUGUGACUUAGUGGUUGGGCUCUUCUUUUAACGCUUUUCGUAGUGCUUGAGUUGACGCGGGGGUUAGGGCGUGGAACUAUUCGUGCGGUUUAA